AUGCCCAGCUCCAACAAUGCACUUUUAUGUUACACUGAUGUUACUACUAAUGAAGAUGCAGGCUUUAAAAACAAAGAACUACAGAAUGGAGAUGGAUUUGGAUAUAUCAUCAUGUUCCGACCCGUUGGCUCAACAACAUGGAAAAAAGAAAAAGUAGCACUUGUGGAAUCCUCAAGGUUUGUGUAUAGAAAUGAAAGCAUCAUGCCCCUGUCUCCUUUUGAAGUCAAAGUGGGUGUGUACAACAAUGAAGGUGAAGGAUCCUUGAGUACUGUGUCCAUAAUCUACUCUGGGGAAGAUGAUAGUUGUACCUUUCCAUGGAUGGUAAAACCUCAGCUGGCUCCACGAGGAACUUCUGUCCAGAAUUUUUCUGCUUCUGAAAUGGAGGUUUCCUGGAAUGCCAUUGCUUGGAAUAGAAACACGGGAAGAGUACUGGGCUAUGAGGUCUUGUACUGGACAGACAAUUCCAAAGAAUCCAUGAUUGGUAAAAUUAGAGUCAGUGGAAAUGUCACAACAAAAAACAUCACGGGGCUAAAAGCUAACACAGUGUACUUUGCUGCUGUAAGAGCAUACAACACUGCAGGGACAGGCCCCGCCAGCCCUCCAGUCAACGUCACAACCAAAAAGUCUCAUGUAGAUCCUCAAGAAAGAGAAAUUGGAGGAACACAUGGGCCCCUCGCUGCGCGACCGGGGCGCGUGCUGCUACGAAGCCAUUCAAACUCCUCCCCAGGACACACUGAAGCAGUGGUUAUAGGAGGCCUUAGCUGGGACACUACAAAGAAAGAUCUGAAGGACUACUUCUCCAAAUUUGGUGAAGUUGUAGACUGCAUUCUGAAGUUAGAUCCUAUCACAGGGCGAUCGAGGGGCUUUGGCUUUGUGUUAUUUAAAGAGUCGGAGAGUGUAGAUAAGGUCAUGGAUCAGAAAGAACAUAAAUUGAAUGGGAAAGUGAUUGAUCCUAAAAGGGCCAAAGCCAUGAAAACAAAAGAGCCUGUUAAAAAAAAAAAAAAUGUUGGUGGCCAUUCUCCAGAUACACCUGAAGAGAAAAUAAGGGAGUACUUUGGUGGUUUUGGUGAGGUGGAAUCCAUAGAGCUCCCUAUGGACAACAAGACCAAUAAAAGGCCUGGGGUCUGCUUUAUUACCUUUAAGGAAGAAGAACCAGUGAAGAAGAAAAUGGAAAAGAAAUACCACAAUGUUGGUCUUAGUAAAUGUGAAAUAAAAGUAGCCAUGUCGAAGGAACAGUAUCAGCAACAACAACAGUGGGGAUCUACAGGAGGGUUUGCUGGAAGAGCUCGUGGAAGAGGUGGUGACCAGCAGAGUGGUUAUGGGAAAGUAUCCAGGCGAGGUGGUCAUCAAAAUAGCUACAAACCAUACUAAAUUAUUCCAUUUGCAACUUAUCCCCCAGCAGGUGGUGAAGCAGUAUUUUCCAAUUUGAAGAUUCAUUUGAAGGUGGCUCCUGCCACCUACUUAAUAGCAGUUCAAACUAAAUUUUUUGUAUCAAGUUCCUGAAUGGAAGUAUGACGUUGGGUCCCUCUGAAGUUUAAUUCUAAGUUCUCAUUAAAAGAAAUUUACUUUUCAUUGUUUUAUUUCUUA